AUGCCCUCUGUUACAUUCACCAACGCCCAUUUUCAUGGUGUCGAUCAUCAACAAGAUGAUCCAAUGGUCAUCAUUAUUGAGCUUGAGAACUUCACGGUAAAGAAGACCACCUACCAAAAACUUCAACUCCCUGUUGCUGCUAUGGUCCCCUACGACGAACCCAUCUAUGACUUCUUUGGAGAGGUGUUAACUCGUGGAUAUAUUGAUCUCCACACCGUGUUUCGUGAAGGAUCUCAAACCAAAACCAUACCAAUCUAUUUCCUCGUUGUGGAGGCAUCUACAUCAUACAAUGUCCUCCUAGGACGCCCCUCCCUUAACACUCUCGGAACCGUUCUACCCGUUCUCCAAACCCACAGUAUCGAGCGCCAACCCGACUCUGGCAUAGCUCUAUCCGGCGAAGAUCUUGACCCCACAGUAGUAUGCGACUCGGGCAUCGAACCAGUAGAGGAGACUAGAAGCUUGGACCUCUUCAUUGGCCGCACCAUCAAACUCGGUGCAAGCCUGCAACAGGCACACUACGAUGUACUAACACCAACUUUAACCACCAACGCUGACUUAUUCGCUUGGUCAGCCGUAGACUUACCCGACGUCGAUCCUCAAGUAGCCAUCCAUAAGCUAUCAAUAUACAAAGAGGCCAAGUACAUCUCACAAAAGAAAAGGAAAUUGGGGGAAGAACGAUGGCUAGCAGCAAAAGUAGAGGCCGAAAAGUUGCUAGAUGCCAGAUUCAUCGCUAAAGCACACUACAGCACAUGGCUUUCCACCGUUGUCCUUGUCAAAAAAGCUAACGGUAAAUGA